CCCCAGCACCCAUCUGGGCCCCCCCAAUACCCCCCCAGUCCCCCCAGUGUCCCCCCAGGACCCCCCAGUUUCCCCAGCAUCCCCCCAGUUCUCCCAGUAUCCCCUCAGGGCCUCCAAGUAUCCCCCCAGGACCCCCCAGUUUCCCCAGUAUCCCCCCAGUUCUCCCAGUAUCCCCUCAGGGACCCCAGUAUCCCCCCAGGUCCCCCCCAGUUUCCCCAGUAUCCCCCCAGUUCUCCCAGUAUCCCCUCAGGGCACCCCAGUAUCCCCCCAGCAUCCCCCCAGUUCUCCCAGCAUCCCCUCAGGGACCCCCCAGGACCCCCAAUUCCCUCAAUAUCCCCCCAGGACCCCCCCCAGCACCCCCCAGUCCCCCCAGUAUUCCCCCAGUUCUCCCAGUAUCCCCCCAGUGUCCCCCUGCGUGGCCUGGGGACCAGUGGGGGGCCCCCCCGGAUGCCUGGGUCCCCCCCCAGCCGCCUGGGUCCCCCCCCCGAUGCCUGGGUCCCCCCCCGGAUGCCUGGGCCCCCAUCCCAGCCGCCUGAGCCCCCCCGGGUGCAUGACCCCCCCCGCCAAGUGCGUGCCCCCCCCCCCGGCUGUGCCCCCCCCCCCCGGCGGGGUGCCGACGCCGCUGCCCCCCAGGUCUACGAGCAGCUCUACGACACCCUGGACAUCGCCGGCAGCGCCGAGAUCCGGGCCCACGCCACCGCCAAGGCGACGGUGGCGGCGUUUGCGGCCAGCGAGGGCCACGCGCACCCGCGGGUGGUGGAGCUGCCCAAGACGGACGAGGGUCUCGGCUUCAACAUCAUGGGGGGGAAGGAGCAGAACUCGCCCAUCUACAUCUCCCGCGUCAUCCCGGGGGGGGUGGCCGACCGGCACGGGGGGCUCAAGCGCGGCGACCAGCUGCUCAGCGUCAACGGCGUGGGCUCGGUGAAGCUGGUGGUGCGCUACACCCCGCGGGUGCUCGACGAGAUGGAGGCGCGCUUCGAGAAGCUGCGCACCGCCCGCCGCCGCCAGCACACCAGCUACGCGUCGUUGGAGUCGCGGGGGUAGGACACCCCCCCCCCCGCCGGACCCCCGGAAACCGGGACCCACCGCGACCCUGGAGACCCCCCCGGGGCCCCCCCCACCCAGGGGCCCCCCGACCCCCCCUCUGUAUAGCUGGAUUAUUUAUGCCCCCCCUGUACAGUAUUUAUUGCCCCUAUUUAAAGCUUGGCGUCUGCGGCAA